AUGGUCGUCGGCUUUAUCUUCUGGGAGCAGCACUGGAAAGGCAGCGCGCUGGAGCUCAACAUCUUCAAAUGUAGCCUUGCUUCCGUUCUUUGUGCCGGCACCAUCGCCAUCAGCACCGGCCUGGCGCAUCUGGCAGAGGCAAGUGGCAUGGCCCUGAACAUGCUCGUGGUCUCCUCAUUGAUUGGCAUUGUCGUGGGUGACCUUACCUGGUUGAUGGCUCUGCAGCGCAUCGGCGCACGACGAGUCAUUGUAGUGGACUGCUUGGCGCCCUUCAUUGGUGCUAUGCUUGGACGGAUCUUUUUGGACGAGCGUAUCGCCAGCCUCGGAUAUGGGGGCAUGCUUACCACAGUAGUUGGUGUUUUUCUGUGUGCAUUGGAGAGGGAAUCAGAAAAUGAAGAUCGAGCAGACAAAAUACCAGAUGGGGACGUGCUCGUCUCCGGCUACGCUCUUGCAUUUGUAAAUGUGUUCUUUGAUGCUAUGGGAGCCUUUCUCACAAAGAGGUGGGGUGGCCCCCCGUUGGAUGCCUUGGACAUCACUGUCAUUCGGUUCGGUGCAGCCUCAGUCAUGCUGCUGGCAGUGUACUUGGUCAUGAAAGUGUCCGGCAUGGUAUCACAGAAGGAGUCUUUGGAGGAUGCUGUCCUGCCAUACGAUGAAACGAAACCACUCCUGGAAUCUGCUAAGAGAGAAGGCCUGGUACCAGCAUCUCUAAUCGCUAUGACGCGGCGGGAAUGGUUUCUGGUGACCACGGGCGUGCUCCUGGUGACGUGUUGCAACCCAGUCCUGUAUAAUUACGCGCUGUUUCAGAUUCCACUGGCAUUCGCCAUCACCCUUGCGAGUUUCGGACCCAUCUAUGCAAUUCCGCUAGUCUACCUGAUGAAAGGAGAGGCAGUCACGGCACGGUCGGCAGUCGGGGCUCUCCUUGCCGUUGCCGGCGUGGUGAUGUUGGCCCAGUCGUGA